AAUGGAAAAAAGAUAUAUAUAUAGACGGACAUGAACGAGAGAAUGUGGUGCAAUAUAGACAAAUAAUUUUUUUGCCGAUGAUGAAGGAAUUGGAGCCCGUUCUUGUUGAAUAUGAUGACAAAGAUCUCUCUAAGUUAGUAGAGAAGGAUAUUUCUCCUGAACAAAA